AUAAAUCCGACCCUACAACUAUGACCCGAUUCCCAUUUAAAAAAUGUUUGUCGUGAAAUAUUCUUCUUCUUAAAUUAGGGUUCUAUCACUGAUUUGGGGAAACUGAAAUCGCGACCAUGGAGCAAGCGAAAUCUGGAUGGUGUGGAAACUUUAAAACUGAAGGUUCUUGUUCAAGGCGAAACAGAGAGUCUCAUCAGGGUGUUCCAACACGGUGCUGGUGUGGAAAUCGCAUUGCUACAUUUGUUUCGAAGACAAAGAAGAAUCCUUUUAGGAGAUUCUAUCGUUGUGAAGUCGCUAUGCAGAGAAAAGGUGAAGCUCAUCUGUUCAAGUGGGUUGACGAAGCUUUGGUUGAGGAGGUUUCUUUGGUUGAAGCUAGACAAAGAACAGUUGAAGAAGAUUUGGAAGCUUUGGUUAAGACAGAGAAAAGUGAAGAAGCAGCGGUUUUGGAGAACAAUGGAUGUCUAAGUGCCAUAACAUGGUUGUGUUGUAAAUUUUGGUAAUUGUCAGUGUUAGUAGAAUGGUUUUGUAACAAGGAUUUGUGUCAUGUGCUAGAACAUCUUUUGUAUCAACUCGGUUCAAGUUUCAGAACACUUUUCAUAUGCUUUUAAAUUCACACA